AUGGCAGCGGAGCCUAAGUGCUCGAAGAUCCCCAUGGCGUUCUUGGUGGCGCUGUGGUGGCUACUACAUGAUGAAGUAUGUGCACACCAAGUGGAAUUCGAAAUGGUGAGAGGCAGGGAUUGGUACCCUAUGCUCCACCAUGGGAAUGAGCCCAAUGGCAACUACAAGGCGGUCAACGAGAGCCUUAUGUAUGGUGGUGGCUGCAAUUCGAACUACAUCACCUUCAAUUUUGCCGAGAACCUCGACCAAAGCAUGAAUGAAACUUCAUGCCCAGCACGGCGCUUGACGUGGAUUGGGACCACGGAGAUUUUUCAUGGUGGACGUCUUCAAGGAGAAUUGGAAUCAGGCAACAUGGAUGAGCUCUACGUCCUGGACUUUGUCAUCGAUGGCUUCAACGUUGACUUCAGCAUCUUCCUGGUGUUUGUCAUGGUGUUCCUCUUGGCCUUUGACUGCAAGCAGUAUGGCAUUGGUCUUCCUUGUGAUGGUCAUGAAAGCCUGGCUGAAAUGGAGAUGGAAGAGAACACCGAGAUCAAGGCCAAUGAUCUGCUGACAAGGAUCAUGGGCUUGUCCCAAGCUGCCACAACUGCAGCUCAAACUGCAACUUCUAUGAUGCAAGCAGCUCAAGGAGGAAAAGGUGGCCAACGUUUUGGAGAUGGUGCCCGUGUCCUGAAAUCACCAGAUGUUUUUGACACUGAUGAUCCUGUUCGAUACAGCUUUUGGAGAGAGCAGUUUUUGAACUGGUUGGUGUUUUGUGAUGGACGCUACAACGACCUCAUCAAAGACGUGGAGAACCUGGACAACCUCAACCCCUUCCACACCUUGGAGCAGGAGACCCAGGAGCUGUCGACCAAGCUGUAUUCCAUUUUGGCUUCAUAUCUACGUGGACCAGCAUUUCAGGUGGUCAGGGCAUUUUCCAACAACAGAGAUGGCUUUGGCGUGUGGCACAAGCUGAAAAGCCUCUACGCCCCCAGAGCCAGACCACGUGCAUUGGCAAUUGGACAGGCAAUAAUGCAGCAUCCUGCAUUCUCAACGCAGAGGAGUAUGCUGGAGAACCUUCUCAACUUCGACUCCCUCUUGGACCAGUAUGAGUUGGCUUCUGGACAGCCUAUGCCUGAUGAUUUGGCUGUCAGCACCAUUUUACGGUGCAUUGAUGCUCCAACACGUCGUCAUUUGGAGAUGGUGAUGGACGACGAUGUCACCUACAGCAAGUUGAAAGAGCGUUUGAUUUUGUUGGACAAGAACACCAAGUGUUUCAAAUGCCCCUCGGAGAAUGAGUACUGCUUCUACCACCUCUACCACGACGGACCUGAGCAUUAUGAGUUGCGCAGUGACCUGGAGGAAGAGGAUGAAUGGUAUGGCGUCAGAAUGGUUUGCGCUAACUACUUCAACAUGGCUGCUGGUGAGAAUGAAGAUGACAGCAGCGUGGGAGAAGAGAGAGCUGCUUUGAUGGAGUGGUAUGACAAUUUGCAAAGCCCUAUGGAUCAAGUUCAUUGUGGUGAUGAGCUGGAAGUUUAUCACGUUCGUGCAGUUCCCCUUUGUGAUGGUCAGCUGGUGGUUUUGGAUUCAAGAGCUGACAUCAGCCUCCUUCCUCAGGAGAUGGCUGAUCGUGGACAAAGCACAAAACGCCUUGCCAGAACUGUGCUGGAAGAUGCACAGGGUGGUCGUCUCAGGACCUAUGGUCGACGAUCUGCACAGAUCGAAAUGGAAGGUGAGAAUGAUGAACUCAUCGUCAUUGAGGAUGACUUUGUGGUUUCGAGCGUGAGAUGCCCUUUGAUAAGCCUUGGACGCCUCUUGCACAAGGGAUGGACUAUGAGGCCUAAUGCAAUGGCCCCUGCAGGUGUGAAUCUGGUUGCACCUGACCAAGGAUGUGAAAUCCCUCUACAAUUCAAGCGCAACAACCUGGCAGUUUUUGCCCACAUUCGAAUGGUCAAUGUGGCUGAUGGUCAUGGACAACCUGGACAAGCUCUGGAUCCUAUCUCCUGUCCUUUGACUUCCAUUGGUGAGGAUGAAGAGAAUGACAGUGAGGAUGGCAUGGGGUACAAGCCUUACAAGCUGGUGAUCCAAACGGUGGUGCAGCCCUACAAGGAGCUUACAGAUCGGAUUUUCAGGCGUGGUUGGACAACUACGGAACAAGGCAAUCCUUUCAUCAUCACCUUGAACAGCACCAAGUUCCUCAACCCUACUCUUUUGUUUCCCUGGAGUGAAUGGCCUCGACGAUCUACGCUGAUUCAAUUGGCUGACUACUCCUGGGAGGUGGUGGAACAUUGUGUCUCCUAUUUCACCAAGCUGAACGACGAGGAGGAGAUCACAGAGUGCUAUGGCAGACCAACUUUGGUGCUCACUAUGUUUCACAAGACUGAAGAGCCCCUCUCAAUCUUUGGAACCGUUUGUGGACAAGAAGAAGUGGAAGCUGAAGGAGCUCAAAUCGAUGCGGCUGACUAUGCUUUCCAGCAAGAGCCUAUGGUGCCCCUUGAACUGCAAGAAGGUCUCAAACCAGAAGAAUUUUCUCAACUACAUCCUGGAGGAGUACUUGCUUCUGAUGAAGAUGGAGGAGUUGAAUGGAUCUUCGACAACAAGCCUUCCUUGGUGGUCAAUGGCAAUGUGAUCACAGCGUCAAGCUCUUUGGCAAUGCUGCGUGCAAGUGCUGAAUACUUGGGUAUUUCCCGAGGCGGGGCAAAGCAAGCUUUGUGGGAUCGGCUGAACCAAGCAGUUCAACGACAUGAGCAUCAAAUGAUGUUUCAAACAGCCAACAGGCUAUACAGGGAAGAGCAGCUACACAAAGGUUUGGUUCCUCAAAGUGCUCCACGUGAGAGACGUAGCAUUCCUACAAUCGAGGUGGACUAUGCCUUUGGAAAGAUUGAGGCAGACAAGCCUACGAUCACGGUGUUGCUGGCAAUUGACACCCAGAGCAAGAUGUUGGCUUCAUACCCGGUGGAAUCCAAAGGAGCUGAUCUUCGUGGACAAGCUGAACAUUUGGUCAAGUUUUCCCUCUCCCUGAAUUACAUGGACAAGACUGAGUUCGUGGGAGACUCAGAACCCACGAUGAAGAGCCUUCUCAACAGCGUGCAGCUCAUGCGUCAGCAAUUGGGUUUUUCAACAGUGGUAACCCAUGCAAAACCUGGUGAAAAGGGCCGCACAGCCCAGAUAGAGAGAGCAAUUCAGACAGUGAGGAGACAGGCCUCUACUUUGACCUACAUGGCUGAGAGCAAGUGCGAGCUUCGACUACCUGCAGAUCAUGCUCUACACCUUUGGAGCUACAACCAUGCAGUGUGGUUGAUCAAUCGUUUUCACUGCCAUUCAACUACAAAGGUCAAUGCCUUCGAGUUGGCAAAUGGCAGGCGCUACAGUGGAAAAGUUGCUGUCUUUGGUGAAGUGGUGAUGCUGCUCCACAGGUCUUCCAGAGCUUUGAAGGCUGGCGCUCCCAUCACACCAAAACCGGUGAGGGAUCAACAUCCUGAACAUCGUGGACGAGAACCUGAUGAUGUGGUGGACUAUGACGCCAAGGAUGUGAUGGAGUAUGCUCAACGACAUCCCCAUGACUCUGACGAGGAGGAUGUGGAAAUCCAAGAUGGAAGGAAGAGAGAAGCUGAAGGUGAACAAUCAUCUUCGAAGAAGGCUGUGAGGUUUGAUGAGACUGCUGCAGACCCUGGUCGUGAGAAAAGCGAGACUUUGAGCAGUCAAGCCCUUCCUACAGUUCAAGAACAAGAAGAAGUGGAUGAUGAGAUGUGGGAGAAGGACGUGCUGGAGUUCAUGGAAGGAGAUGAAGAAUUGCAACAGGUUGAUCAAGAGCCUCAAGAUGAAGGUCACCCGCCUACUUUGACACCAGAGGAGUUGGAAGAGGUGGAUCAAAUGGCUGGCUUUGAAGAGAUUAGCAGGUUUUUGAGCAUGAAGGUUUUGAGAGAGCCCAGCCAGGAGGAAUGUGAGAAAGGAGUUCCUCUUUCAACAAGAUCUGUCUAUGAUUGGCGGCAUCGUGGAGGAGAAUGGCGUCGACGAUGUCGAUUUGUGGCAAGGGAAUUCCGUGGAUACUCCAAAACCACUGCGGAAACAUUUGCACCAACAUCAGGAGUUGGAAGCCGUUUAGUUCUCCUGAUGCAUGUUUGCUUUGGUUGGUAUCUUUCUUUCCUGGACAUCAAGGAUGCUUUCCUUUUGGUGCCUCAACGUGAGUGUGUCCUGGUGAGCGUUCCUACGUGGUGGAAGCCUGAAGAACAAGUUCCUGGAGUUGAAUGUUUUUGGGUUUUGGAUCGUGUACUUCCUGGACAGCGAAAUGGUGCAGCUCGGUUUUUCGACUUUUUGGCUCAACACUUGGAGGCCCUGGAGUUUGAGAACACGCCCCUGUUACCAAGUCUUUUCAGACAUCGCACCAAACAGGUGGUGUUGUGUUCACACGUGGACGACCUGAUCCUGUGUGGAGAGAAACCCGACCUUCUUUGGCUCAUGGAGGAAGUGAACAAACGUUUUACAGUUUCUGGCGGCGAAGUACUCCCAGCGCCAGACCAGAAUCCUCAGGAUGCAGCGCGCUUCCUCAAGAAGCGCCACUAUUUCACCCAGCAUGGAGUCAUCGUGGCGGCACACGAGAAGUACGUGGAGGAAUUGGUGUCCCUCUACAUUUGGGUGGCUACAAGCCAAAACCUACACCUGACAUGGCUCAAUGGUCAGGCAGUGACGAAGAACUGGAUCCGCAAGAAGCUCACAGAUUCCGUUCCGCCAUGGGUACGCUUUUGUACCUUUCAGCUGAUCGGUGGGACAUUCAACACAGUCAAUGGCAGCAAGCUGGACGCAAUUCAUGGACGAGAUGGGGACGAAGAUGCGUGCGAGAAGGUGGAGGUCUUCACAGACUCUGAUUGGGCUGGAGUCGGAAGGCUGAAGCACAUCGAUGCGAAAUUUCUUUGGGUACAACAAAGACUCAAAGAAGGAGCCAUGGCGAUGGAAGGAGUUCCUACACUUCUCAAUGUGGCUGACAUUGGUACAAAGAGAUUGACGAAGGAGCUUCGGCGAAGGACAAUGGCAAAGAACAUGAAGGCGGUGAAGCGGGUGAUGCUCAACACGUUGAUGGACAGCCCGGAAGGUGGAAGCCUCCCUAUCUCGACCAACUUUGUGAAGCUGGUUACAUUGAUGGCGAUGCAGCCUGUGGUGGCAGGAUUCGAGAUGCAGAAUGCGGAGGUGAAGCUGAUCGAAGCGAGGAGCACAUACUACGAGGUCUUCAACGUCUACCCGCUCUUCCUGGUGGCCUAUGCGGUGCUCUUUGUCUUCAUUGGCUUUGUGGCUGGAUACUAUUUCAACAAGUUCGUCUACAAUGAGCGAGUGAGGCGAAUCAUUGAAUGGGCCCGGCGUGAGAUCCAACGCCUACAUCGACGUCCAUUGGUUGUGGACGAUUGGGAUCCAAUCAACCAAGAACUUCGACAAUACAGGAUCCAUGAACGACCCCAAGACGCUGACUCAGGAGAAGAAUACUUCCGAGAAACAGAAAAUGGAUUGGCUCGGUAUGCGCGACCGCACUACCAGGCCAGGAUCAGACUUGGCGUGGAAGAAUUGGAUCCGCUGGAGGCAAUGCAAUUGGAGGAACCCAGUGAGAAUGAGGAGUCCGAAGCCGCGGAGAUCGACGCUGAGGUGCAGACUGAGAUCUCUAUGACGAGCAACCCCAUCUUCCAAGUUGCUCAACUACCAACAGUUGCUCCGCGACCAGUGGCUCCAGUACCAGCUCCCCAGAGACAAGAACCUCCAGAAGAAGCACCCGAGCACAUCAGUCUCCCUGGAUCGCCUCGAAGCGAGAAAAGCAGCGAUCUACCAGAUCUUCCUAUGAUUGGGUUGAAUGAGGAUGACCUGAGUGCGUUGCUUGCGCACUUUCCACGGGGACAACGACACCGAGCAGAGAAGCUUGUGAGAUGGAGCUUUUCUCCCAGCAAAAGCUGA